AUCUUUACGGUACUUUUGGGGGAGUUGGUGUGACGUAGUGACACACACCUCCGUCUUGGAAGGGCACCAGCCGGGCUCGGUACCCAAGGACGGUGCGACCGACACCUGCACUCACCCAACGCCAGCGAGCGGUCCCGGUUCCGGACGUACAAUUUACGAGAAGUGAUCGCUUCAUUGCCCAUGUCGAACCGGCGCCCCCACAGCAAGAAAACAGACGAGAGGAUGAAUGAGAAGAAAUGCUCGUGGGCGUCCUACAUGACAAAUUCCCCCACCGUGAUCGUGAUGAUCGGUCUGCCCGCCCGAGGGAAGACGUACGUGUCCAAAAAGCUGACACGCUACCUCAACUGGAUUGGUGUCCCCACCAAAGUGUUUAACCUUGGCGUGUACCGCCGAGAGGCUGUAAGGGCCUACAAGUCCUACGACUUCUUCCGCCACGACAACGAGGAGGCCAUGAAGAUCAGGAAGCAGUGUGCGCUUGUGGCCCUGCAAGAUGUGAAGGUGUACCUGACAGACGAGGGUGGUCAGAUUGCCGUAUUCGACGCAACCAACACAACAAGAGAGCGCCGAGAUCUCAUUCAAGCAUUUGUGAAGGAGAAUUCUUUCAAGGUGUUCUUUGUCGAGUCCGUGUGUGAUGACCCCGAGGUCAUUGCUGCGAAUAUCAUGGAAGUCAAGGUGUCCAGUCCGGACUACCCCGAGAGGCACCGGGAGCGGGUCAUGGAUGACUUCCUAAAACGGAUUGAAUGCUACAAGGUGACUUACCAACCGUUGGAUCCUGAUGAUUAUGACAAGGACCUGUCUUUCAUUAAAGUCAUAAACGUGGGGCGCCGCUUUCUGGUGAACCGGAUACAAGACUACAUCCAGAGCAAGAUCGUCUACUAUCUCAUGAACAUCCAUGUGCACUCACACUCCAUCUAUCUGUGUCGCCACGGCGAGAGCCACCACAACCUCGAAGGCCGCAUUGGAGGGGAUUCAGAACUAUCUCCUCGUGGGAAACAGUUUGCCCGUGCCCUGCGCAAGUUCAUCGAGGAGCAUGAGCUAUCAGACUUGAAGGUGUGGACAAGCCAGUUGAGACGCACUAUACAGACAGCGGAGGAGCUGGCCGUCCCCUACGAACAAUGGAAGAUACUCAACGAAAUCGACGCGGGCGUGUGUGAGGAAAUGACGUACGAGAUGAUCCAGAGGGCGUUCCCAGAAGAGUUUGCAUUGAGGGACCAGGACAAAUAUCACUAUCGCUACCCAGGCGGGGAGUCGUACCAGGAUCUGGUCCAGCGUCUGGAGCCUGUCAUCAUGGAGCUGGAGAGGCAAGGCAACGUGCUGGUGGUUUGCCACCAGGCGGUCAUGCGCUGUCUGCUGGCCUACUUCCUGGACAAAAGUGCAGAGGAUCUGCCCUACAUGAAAUGUCCGCUGCACACCGUCCUCAAACUCACCCCAGUGGCAUAUGGUUGUAAAGUGGAAAUGUUUUAUCUCAACGUGGAAGCAGUGAACACCCAUCGAGACAGACCUCUUGGUCAAAUCCCCAAGGACUCGGGCCUCUUACUCCGGCGGAAUAGUUACACGCCUUUGUCCAGUCACGACCAGUUCAAGCGUCCUCGGCUGUACAGUGCCGGCAACCAACCCUGGCUGCCUCUCGCCCCCACGCCGUCGGCUUUGAUGCCCGAGGAACGGUUGAGCCAAGGUUCCCUGUGUGAAGGAAUCGAUUUUGACAACCACGAAGGAACAAACGGCUGCGUCCGCUUCUGAAUGAUGAUAAAGAAACAUCCUUGCACUAAAUAUGUACGAGUAAGUCUUUUUAGUUUGACUCCCCAGCAAAAAUUUAGGAUAUGAAUACUAUAUGAUUGCCGCUAACUUAAUUAACUUAACAGUAAGCACCAGUCUGGCAGUCUACUGAAAAUUCAUGUGUUGAGAUUUAAAGAAAUAUAAGAAUGUAUUCAAAAGCAAGCCAUGUAGACACUUUAACAACACUUUUUUCUCCUCUCUGAAACAUGACUAUUAUUACUGUGGCUAACUGAGUUACUGCGUCUCUCUCCAUGUAUAGCUGCAUGUCUGUAUUAUACCGCCCCCUCUUGGCCAAGGCAUGCAAACCAGAAGGAGCAACACAAUGAAUAUGAUGCACAAACCAGUCAAAUCUUUAUAUGCUAUUUAUGUUAUUACCUUCUGUUUUACAAUACUAUAGUAUUGUGGAAACGAUCAGUUAGAUGCUGAUACUCGUGCCUUUUUAAUUGCUAAAAGAGAUUGCGUUUAAAAUAGUAUAGUAUUACAAUGUUUUUUAUCUCGUUUGUAUUGUUGAACCCUUGUAUUUGCACGUCUUUUGGUCAUAUUUUAAAAUGCAAUUAAAUAACUUUCAUUGCA